GCCCGCCCUUGGCAUCUGGUCUGGAGCCCAGCACGGGUCGGGGCGAGCGGCAGGGAGUCUGGGGGUGCCGUGGAGGGCCAAAAGGGGCCACCGAGCACUGGUACCCACAGCCUGGCUUUGGCCUCAUCACCAGCCCAGCAGGAGAACAUCCUUGGUCCCCAGCAUCUGGGUUGUCCCUGGCCAGCCAGGCAGGAUCCAAACCGCUCUAACAGAGCUGCCCCAGGAGCUCAGCAGCAAGUGAUGACCAUCAUGAAACCGGGUCCUGAAGAUGCACCCCAGCUGGACCUGGGCAAGAAGGUGAGCACGCCGCAGGAUCUGAUGAUGGAGGAGCUCUCCCUGCGGAACAACCGCGGCUCCCGCCUCUUCCAGCAGCGCCAGAAGCGGAUGCAACGCUUCGUCUUCGAGCAUCCCAGUGGGUACAGGCAGCUCCCAGGAGUGGGUGGCUCACACCACGCCCAGAAGGGUGGCACAGAGGGAACAGCAAAUGAGUGGACGGCAGGGGAGGACGGUGGGCUCCAGAACUAUCACUCCGAGAUGCACGUGGCUGCAUCGCCCCAGGGCGGCCCCCCUGAAGUGCCCAAGAAGACAGAGAAAGUCUUGCAGAUGAGCAAAAUCCUCAACCCCGACUCUCUGGCCCCAGGGUACUCAGGGCCCCUCAAAGAAGUCCCCCCGGAGAAGUUCAACGUCACCGCCAUCCCCAAAGGCUACCGCUCCCCAUGGCAGGAACUCCUCGGUGACAAAGACAACACUCUGCACAGCAAGAACCAGCCACCCGUGAGACCUUCUCCAUGGGACUUCAGGAGCUUCAACAGGACUCCCACCCCAUUUGACAAGGCACUGGUCAGUGACCUGUCCUCUGUGCCCACCAUGGAUUUGGAGCACUUGAGUGUUCUGGAGGUGAUUUCCCACAGACCCAACUUCAACAGAACCCCGCAAGGUUGGGUGCGGAUCCUACCAGAGAGCGACGAGCUGUAGCAUUGCGCUCCCUUCCUCAUCGCCACGGAUGCUUUUCUCGCUAGACUCAAACGUACUUCACACAGCAGGGGAGAGAGAAGUGAGUAUUCUUUGUGAAAGCUAAGCACGUGGUCUCAGUUGCCAUCCUCUUCAAUG